UGCAGCGCCGAUUUUUAGAAGAAAAAAGGUCGUAACAUUUAUGUUAUAGCUGGUCGUGUUUCGGACUGCAGCUUCCUCUGCUCGCCAUGGCUCUGUGCGGGGGUGUCGGAGCCAUGGCUUUGCCCAGCGAGCUCAUCGUCCACAUAUUCUCUUUUCUGUCCGACCGAGACAAGCUCCGGGCCUCGACCGUGUGCUCGCGAUGGAGGGAGUGCCUCUUCUACCCGGCGCUGUGGACCGAGCUCAAACUGCGGAUAGGCGGCGGCUCCAGCUCCGAGGAGACCCCGAAGCUGGAGUUCGUCAUGCGCAAGUUCGGCUCCUUCGUGAGCGAGCUGCAACUGGAGCUCGCGCCGGUGGAGGGCUACCUGAGCCCUCUGAACAGCGACCCGUCGUCCACCAGGAUGGACCAGCCCGACAGCGACCCGCAGCUCUCCGAGCGAUGGAGGGACGCCAUGGCCACCUACUUGGACCAGGUGCUGUGUGUGUUCUCCGGCAUCCGCAACAACAGAAACCUGCGCAAACUGAGUCUGUAUGGGGACACCUGUGUUCUCCAGCAGGAGGGACUUCUGGACCGGUCCAACCUGCACCAAAUUCACCAGGGGGACAAAAAGAUCAAUGAAAUCCAGCAGCUGUUCAUGGAGCUGCUGUCUCACGGCAGGCAGCUCCGGUGGCUGUCCUGUAGCUUCAUGCUGGGUCUGGUGACCCCCAGCUCCUUAGCCUGCCUAUCAAAUCCUUCAGCGGAGACCCUGCAGCACCUCAGUUUACUGGACCACCAGCUGGGUCCCCUCAUCUCGCCGUCAGAGUUGAAUCGUCUAUCUAAUCUUAAUUCUUUGGCCGUGGAUUUCGCUGAUUUGACAUCUGAGCUCUGCGCUCUGCUGGCGUCUCCUCAGCGGACGCCGCUGCAUCGCCUCUCGCUGCUGCUCAACGGCGCCGCCCUGGAAUUCAAACCGCUGGAAGGGACCGCUACCGAGGACGAUUGGAAAGCAAUGAUCCGCGUGAGUGCCAACCUGCGCGUGUACAUCAUGGCCCUGGAGGUCGACAGCUCGGAGCUCGUCAGGGUCCUGAAGCCCAGCCUCCCGCUGGAGCGCCUCCACCUCGACAGUUACAGCUCGCUGGUGACCGACGGCAUGCUGGAGCUCAUAUCUCAGCAGUACAACAAAACGCUGACUCACUUCCUGCUCCUGAGGGACGACCCCGACUUCCCCGACCUCAGCGUCAACCGGAACGAAGACCCGCUCGUCCUCUUUUCAUGGAGGUGCACUCAGCUGGCCGUACUUGUGAUACAUGGUUACACUGUUUGGUCCCAUAAUUUGGUGGCCAUCUCCCGGCUGCGGGGCUCCAGCCUCCGUACCCUCACCGUCUCCGAGGAGAGCAUCGACUUCGAUCCCGACCAGUCGGUGAGCAUUGAGGGCGACCCGGUGCACAAUCUGGUGAAGGAGGUUUCUCUGGGCCUCGGCCGCGUCUGGCACCCCUGCCUGGAUUCCAGCCUGGUUUUGUCCGAGCCCACCCAGCACUUCCACCGCGAGCUGCACGCCUUCAGCAUCGGCAUGUAGGCGGGAACGGCGAGUCCAACACGUCGCAGCCCUAGACUGCGUCCAGACCAGACCGGGCCAGAACGACCAACGUCCAAGUCAACUCGGACCUCUGAACCGGGCCAAACGAAGACCGAAGUGAGAAAUCUAAACUGGAUCCUAAAGCAAUCGAUGAAUUACAUUUGUGUGAACUGAUGUGAGCCGAUUUGUUUUUAUUUGUACUUUUAUUUUUCUUUCACUGGGGUUUUAGCACACAAUGGAGUCAUUUAUUCAAGUGAAUCCUUGUUUGUCUUGCUUUUCCUCCAGAUCGUCUCGUCGGACAAUGACUUGCAACACAUUUACCAAUCAAGAACAUCUCUUUUCAAAUUAGACAUUUUAAUUUAAAUUCUGUAUUCAUUCAAUUUGAACUCAUACCGUGACUCAUGACCAAUGUUUGUAUGGGUCUGCUAAAAUGGGUCCCACUUCACAUGGCCUCUUGUCUGGCACGGCCCGGUCUGGUCUUGAGUGACAAGUAUUCAGAGCUCGAUGUCUCCUUCACCAUAAUAACCUCCAGAGCCUCUGUAUGAUGUUUUAGAUCUUUUUUUUUUUUCUUCUCCUUCUGACUGUUUCUCAUCUCCACCUGCUCUGUAUAACCUUUUUUCUUCCCUGUGUGGUGGUUCCCUUGCCUGUAUAGGCUUUGUGUGUAUUUAAAUACAGAUAUAUUAUUAUCCUGCUCUCAGCUAGACCGAGACGACCAGGCAGGUUGAAUGAUUGACUAGUGUGAACAUAUUUUUCCUUUUGAAAACCUUCGCUCCACAUUGGUCCGUCUGUCGGCUCCACUAAACCGAUGGAUCACUUCCUGGGUAAACGCGUCCGUAGCCUGACUCGCCCGGCAGCAGGGUGGGAGUCGGGGUGUCAUGUGGCCGACUGCGGCGGUUUUCAUGCUGUUCACCAGCAACCACCAUCUCAGCGCUGUGACUCGGCCGUUGGGGUCACAUGGUUCGAGCCCCUUGCUGUUGGCGUUACGGAGCAUGCCGUUACACGCUUGCAGCCGACGCACUUCCCACCCAGAUGAAUUGUGGGUCUUUUGUGAAACGUCGCUCGCAGAUUAAACGAGGAGCCUCGUCUUCCGCCUGACGCUCGGAGCCGAACUCUUGAAUUCAGCCCGCCGCGACGCGACACACGGUUCGGUUUCGACCUGUGGUGAGCUCACAGUUGCAUCUUUUCUCUUCUAUAUUCGGGAUGAAUAUAGCUUCCGUUGAGGUCAACAUUGUCGGACUGGUGUCACUGGCUCCAGAAAUGUGAAGUCGUCAUGUCAAAGAAGUGUGACGUAACAUGAAGGGCUCUGAGAUUUAAAAAAACCAACCUUCAAAUAGUUCUGCUUUAUUCGUAAGAGCCUAUAAGGCAAAACAACUAUUUGACGGUUGUUGUUGUUGUUCUAAAUCUCAGAGCCCUUGUGUAAAUAUAUAUCUUCAAUCUAGUCGGCAGGAACGAGUUUCUUUCUCAAUAUGAAUUUCUUUCUUUGGAGUCCGACAUUUCACGCUAAAGAACUGGUAAAAGAGAAAAGAAGUUGAAGUGUCGUCCAGUCAGGUUUGUGUUUCAUAUCGAAGGCCUGCUGUCGAGCUAAACGCACAACAGUCACACAAUAAAUGCGUUAGGACGUCGUAGGUUUCACCAGCGGCCACAACUAGGUUCCUUUUCUUUUUAAACGUGGCACCAACGGCACAACAAGGUCUUGGGUGUAAACCGUUGGCGUAUUUCUGAAGGCGUUUAACAUCACGAUGACCAGGAGAGAUGUGAUGUCGCGUCGGGUGUGUGAAACAAUCAGUUAGUGUGAGGUAUUGUCGUUGGACAUAUAUAUUUAAAAAAUAUAUACAUAUAUUUUUAUUUCCUCUUGAGUCACAGUUGCCUUGGAAACAGCCCCCUUGAUUUCUGGAUACAGUUGUUGUUGUUAUUAAUGAUGUUGUUCAUUAUGCCAUCUGAUAAACCCCUCGCUUGGUCAGGAGAGGGGCUGGGGUCAGUAAACUUAAUCAUACAUUUGUUUUCAAAGAUUAAGGUUGAUAAAGACUAAAGAAUGGCAAAGGCUGUCUGCUCAUUGCACAUGUGUUAUAUCUCAGUCUGUGGGGGGGGGGGGGGGGGAGUGACGGGAAUCCAAGCUGUUGACAAGAGGACCCAAUUAAUAUCUGAAGUGAAUGGAGUCAAUUUUCCGGUGUGAAUGGCGGCGGUGGCAUUUCCGGCUGUGCGGCCGUCUCCCCCCCCGGCGUCCAUUGACCCGGCGAGACUUUUGAUUGAAUCAUCGUCGCUUUUAUUGUCCUCAAAAUAUAAUAUACGAAAUGUCCUUCAGGCUCUGCGAAGAGUCCAUGCCCGGCGUAGUCGUGGGGCUCAUCGUGGGCUUGACCAAUAACAUGUCCAGGUUAGGGGUCACAUCUGCUGCUCCGGGGUCGGGACGGCGGCGGUGGUGCGCCAGGUGACGAGGCGCCGCUUCACUGGGUGGGGGGGGGGGGGGGCAAAUCCUCGAGCCCAACUUCCUGAAGCAAAAUGCCGUCAACCGGCCAUCGUUAGGAAAAGGUCACGCCCUCGUCGGCCGGCUUGUUUUGCACAUCAUUGCGGUUUUCGAGGGUCGAGGCAAUGACAUCGCAGACUGAAGGUCCACAUCGAGGUCUGUCGUUUACAUGCUUAGUGGCGUUUUUGUUUUAGAUGCGUAGACUGAUAUGGAUCCUGAGUUGCAGUGUGCCAGCAGAAUGAACUGGUCCCCGUGGUCGGGGCCUGUGCUGACCAGAUGUUAAUGGACCUCGAUGGUUUAGCCUCUCUAGUCCGUGGUCCGUAUCUCAGGAUGAAAUGCACUCCGGUCCCAGGAGUUUCUUUUUAAAGGCCGUCUGGCUGCAGGCCGAGGGGAUGGCCAACGUGACGCAGACCAAAAUCUGUUUGUUUUUUGUUUUAUCUUUUGUCCCCUUGCCUCUCGUCUCAUUUUGUUUUCUUUUAAGAGCUUUGACUUUUUAUAUGAGAGAUAUACGCUGUUUGUGUGGGUUAUAGGCAGAGGGGGAAAUAUACAGUAGACUGUAUGUCACGUCACAUGAGAUGGUCAUCUGAGAUGAGCAAAUAUAAGUUAUUUUAAAAAGAUCGGCUGAUUUUACGCCUCCACCCUCCUCCACCGCGUGUGCUUCAUCGCCCGGUUCUCGUCUUCUUAACUGUUAACGGCUGCGACUCGUCGCCGAAUGAUUUACUCCCAAUUGGAAAGACGCAUGGAGGCGAUGGUAUCGAGUAGCGGCUUCUUUAUUCUGGCCUCUGUUGGAUAAAAGGGGAAACGGCCCCGUGUUAAUAGCUUCAUGUUGCUUGCCGUUGUUAGUUGCCGUGUGUGCGUGUGCGUGUGCGUGUGCGUGUGCGUGUGUGUGUGUGUGUGUGUGUGUGUGUGUGCGUGUGCGUGUGCGUGUGUGUGUGUGUGUGUGUGUGUGAUCACUUCUACUGCAGCAGGAAACGGAAAUCUCUCGUUCGUUCUCAGGGUACAAUCGGAUUUCAAAAGGAGGAGGAGGGAAAGUUACCAUAGCUCAGGCCUCUAGCGCACUCACUGGAUCUGGUCUCCUCCCUUGAUGUGUGUUUUUAAGCUGCCAAAGACCACCGUGGACCAGACCCACACACGCGUCUCUCUGAAGUGCCCAUUUCACAUGCACACUGGCGGGAGUCCAGGAUUCUUCCCUACUCCGCACCUUCUUCUAGUGCUUUCUUUUCCGGUUUCUCUUUCCUCACUCGUAGUGGGAUUCUUCCCCUGAACUCCGACUGCUUCCACACGCACACAGACACACACACACCGCGAUGUGCUGGGCCAGACCAAACGCUCUGCGGUUGGCAUUAAGAGGAGAACAAAUGGCAAAAUUCCCAGCGGGGUUUCGCACCAGCUGUACAGAAUGUGUGUCGUACAAAGCGCAGUUUGAUAUUUCUAUCCAGCACGUGGUUCUCGAUGAAGGGAAGCAGCAUUGUCGCACAACUCUUAUCAGCGCGGCCAACUUCCUUCCAGUGAGCGGCACCGCGGCGAGCAAAAGCGAGGCGUUCCUCUCCGGCCACCGUGAUCCUCCCUCCAAUGUAAAAAAAAAAAAAGUCACAUGUAAAAAGCUGAGGAAUGUCGAAGGAGGUUGGAGGAGUUUGGUCGGAUCACACGCCGUAGGACUCGGCGCUGUGUCACGGCGAGCCGGUGGGCCGAGGUCACGUGUGACGGGGAGUGUUUUUAAAGGUGUGAUUUGCUGCUUUGAACACAUUCCUGUGGGGGGGGGGGGUCGCUCAGGCCGCCUGACUUUCACAAACCGUUCACCAUAUGGCUAGUUAAAUGUCCGCAUGAAAAUUAGACUAUAUAUAAAUAUAUGCUAUAUUUUUUGUAACUGAACGAGUGGUGUGUUUUGUUUUCUUUCUUUUUUUGGAGAGAUCAACAAGUGUGACGCUACCCUACAGCGCCGAGCUUCUCCUUUUCCACGAGAUGGAACCCGUCACAGGAAGUCAAGUCCGUGUAUUUGACGUGUGAAAUACACGCAAGAAAUCACGGCACGUGUUCCCCGACGAUUCACGGGGGCCUCCUGGAACACCGGCUGGACUUAUUUAUACGCCGCAUGCACACAGAUGUGUGACUGACACACAGCGAGCAGAGCCUUACUUUGAAAGUGACCGGUGCGAAGGCUCUAGAGGAGGAACAGCGAGGCGGCGGUCAUUCAGGAGACCAUGACCAGCAGUUGCAGUACGACGAUGUGGUCGCAGCCAGUUGAAUCUGCCCUCUUAUUUAUUCUCGUCACUGCUUUAUUAUAUGCAUUCGUAGAUACAUCCCAGAUGAUAUCAGGGGCCCCUGUGGCCUGCUGGGUAAUGAAAUCCACAGAGCUGGCCUCUAAUGUAUUCCACCCGACCCCGUUGGCCGGGACGGCUUUUAAAAACGGUAGAGGCUCGGGGGCUCUGGGUCCGUCUGUCCGACCCGGCCCGUUGACGGAGAGUUGGGUUUUCUCGCCUCUGUGCUCGUACGUAACGGCCAACCCGUGAUACCACCGACGCGCUUUAGGACCAAAGCGGUCGACUGUGUCAGAUCUGACCACAACGCAACCGUUUUUUUUUGUUUUCCUGCUUGAGAGCUCACAACGUCGACUCUUGGGGUAAAUAUUCGCGAUGAUUUUGGAAUGCGCGCUCGGAAAUAGCCGUAGAGGGACGAGGUCGUAACCAACAGAGGGUCCAGGACUUGUUUCUGAAAGGAUUUCCGGAAGGAGACGGGAUUUCCUCGUCACGGUGUGAGAUGAUCAGACGCUUCCCGUUUGGUUUGACCUCAACGCUGAAGCCCACCAGGCUUUUAACAGGCUCAUACCGAGCUGGACUGUGAAGAAUAUCAGCGGCCCGUUUUCUGUUGCUCUUAAAGGGGAACCAACAAACGCUGAACGUGUGUAAACUGAGUCCUGUGUCGUUCGGCUCGGUGUGACCUCGGCCGACGCGGAGGCUCCCGAGCCGCACUGAGGGGGGAAUUCAGCACGACAGUCUUGACACUUCAAAGAACGGAUCAUUUGUUUUUCCCAGCCAGCUUAUGACGACAAUCUCCUCGUACUGGGGAAGUAAAAGAGUAUCUCCGCACAACUUGCCACGCGUCUCGAGAAGAAACGACAACGUGGCGCUGACGGCGUGACCUCGCCAAACUCGCGUCUGCGACGCUGCACCCUCGGCGACAUCGAUAGAUCCCCGCGCUCGGCGUCCGCCAACGGGUCCCCGUGGCUUCCGGCCGCGGAACAAAGUCCUUCUUGUCAAGUCUGCAGAGCCAAAGCUGAUUAGCCAGGCGGGCCUGCUGCCCAGUCCAGCUGCACAACUAUGCAAGAGGAAUGCAUAUAGUCCACACGCGUCUCUAUUUGUGUUUGCUUUUUUGUUUUCCCUCACUGUCACACAGUAGAAAUGGAGACGGGAGCUUUUAAGAACGUGCAACAACAAUACUUGGCCUUAUGACGAUUUCUGAACUCCACUUGUUUUAUCGUGCGUGUUUUUGUUUUUUUUUGGAUUGAGAUCUUCGUGAUUCCGGUCAGCCAGCCCGGCGGCGGCGGCUCACUCUUGGUCUCUGUGAGACCGGAUAGACGGCCCCAGUUUUAUCGUGGUACGAAUGUUGUGCAUUUGUUUAAAAUCAGGACAGUUUGCAAUAACAGAAGUCUUACUAGUGGCCACAGAGGGGCACGAGCAGUGCUGACGGCGCCUCGGCUGCGUCUUUAGAAAACCAGAGAGGAAGAAAUAUAUAAAUAGAUCUAUAUAUAGAUAUAUAUAUAAACUCACACAGUGCAUAUUUGUAUUAGGUAUCAACAAUGCAUUACCGUGGUAUACUCUUAUGCAACACAUGUCCGGGGGUUCAAUUUAUGAACAUGAAGUAUAUAAUAAAAUCACACAGACUUUGUACAUCCGGGGAAAAAAAGCUACAUUGCUUGUGUUUGGGUUUUUUUGCGAAAAAUGGUUGGACCAUCCUUCAUGUUGAAUAUUCUGGGCGUUCUGUUCCUGUGUGUGUGUGUGUGUGUGUUGAAGUGAGCACGUAGCAGUGGGUUCUCUCUGUAGGCAGGGAAGCAGACCAAAAGCCCAACACACGGCUGGACCCCAUUUCCAAAUCGCUUUGAGAACCUUUUUAAAUGCAGUUUUUCUUUUUCUUUUACAAAAAAAAAACCCCACGACAAAAACGUCGAAUCUGAUCCAUACGCAGUUUUACAAACGUCCCGAGUGCGAGCAGCUGCGUGGAUCAAGACAUGUUUCCGGCCGGGAAAAGAAAAGCACCACUUACAAGAACUGGGCUUAAUCUACGCCUGCGGAACUGCUCUACAUAUUAAAUAUUAAAUAAUACAAAACUUUGAUUUGAGACCUUUGCAGCUGUUUGUUUGUUUUAGUCUGCAGGGAAAGAGUCCUCUCCCGCUGAGAGGACAGAUUUUAUCACUGUGUGGAUCCAUGGUUCUGUUGGGGAGAAGACCUCCAUGUAAGACCUCUUAACUGACAGAUGGGGUACACUUGAGGGGGGGGGGGGGGGGGUUAAUAUGCUGAAUGUUCAUUUGAAUUAAUGUUGAAUGAAUGCUUCUCUUCUUUUAGUCAGUGAAUAAAAGCAUAAAAAAGUCA